UAGCAAACCAGUCUGGAAUUCUUUCUAUAUAUAGAAGCCUAGGAGAUGAUCGAUCAGUUCCCAAACAUUCUCAUGAUUAAUCAAACAAAACAUAGAAAGAACAAUGGAAAAAACAGGAAAGGGGAAAUCAAAGAUUCCGAUCAAAAUGAUCGAGUCACGGAGCGCCCGGAAUGUGUGCUUCUCCAAGCGGAGACAGGGACUCUUCAAGAAGGCAUCCGAUCUCUGCCGUCUAUUUCCGGGAGUCAAAGUUGCGGCGGUCGUCUUCUCUCCGGCGGGAACCCCGUAUGUGUACGGCGACCCAAAUGGGAUUUUCGAGCAGGGCGGCGGCAGUCCUCCUUCUGCUCUGUUUCCUUCGCCGGUAUCCUGUGAUCGGGGCGAGAAUACUGCUUGGAAUAGCGGCGGACCAUUGGCUGACGAAGUUAUUGAGUCAGUGAUCCAAGAGGUGCAGCAGAGGCAACUGAAGGGCGGGUUUCCUGUUUUUCCUCCGCAGUAUCCUUCGCCAUCCUCUGUUCUGGCCGGUGGCGAUCUUAUUUCUGAGCCCUGCGGCUACUCACCGAUUGAGAAGGAGACAAUCAAUACUCCAGAGAUGGUUGGUUGGGAAGAUGAUUGGCUAAUUGAUGGAGAAGAAAUCGAAUCAAUGAUCCGAGAGUUGCAGCCGCAGCAGGGCGGCGGUCCUGCUUUUCCAGAAUAUUCCUCUCCGCCGUCCUCUGUUCCGGGUGAUCGUCUUAUUUCCGGCCCCUCAAUUCAGCCGGAGAUACUCAGAGAAGAAGAUGUGAGUUCAAUGAUCCAAGAGUUGCUCUCGUAGCUACGACAUACGGCCAUGCCAUUUUUCCAUCAAAUUUGGUUCGAGGCAUGCAAUUGGCACAUAAAUUAGCUAGGGUUACCAUUUUGAGAAUUGUUAUUACUAUAGUAUUAUGGGACGAACAAAGUUAAAGUUUUAUCAUUCCCAUUAUCACAAUUACUGUAUUAUUACUAACAUGAUCUGUCCCUUUGUUAUAACUGAGUGAUUUUAAUUCUUGUUUUAACUGAGUGAUUUUUUAUUGAAUUAUUUGUUGAUUAUAAUUAGUAUCAAGUUUUGUAUGAAUACCCCGUAUUUUUUUACUCG